UCGUCCCAUUCAGACAGACGCAUUCAGAGACCUCACAUAUUGUUUUCCAGAGACUUGUUUUACAACCAAGUUUCUCAUCCUUUUUAGUCUUUCUAUUUUUCUUUCUCACACCUUUCAACUUCUACACAAUAUGUCACACACCUUCUAUUAUGGUCUGCACCCGGUCUCUUGGUUCAUCUUAUUUGCGAACGUUGCCAUCGCCAUCAUAGAAUGGCAAUUUCUUAUUUCUCGUUUUUUCAGAGUUAGAGAGUAGAGGGGCUAUCGACACUGAUGCUCCACCGAGAACAUCUGUGAGGAGCAGAGCUUAUUUUUGGAUCACUGUUUACCUGCCAACUUAAUCACUGAUGAGCCGUUUGUGUACGACAGACUUUCAUUUACAAGUCAAAGAAAAGAUCUGUGGAGAAGUUGUACGUCUUGAUUAUGAGACUGCAUUCUUGGCCCCAAACCAGUGGAGGAGGAUUCAGAGGAAGGGAGAGCGGAAGUAGAAGAAGAGCACCGACUGAGCACUUGCAGAAAACUGAUGGAGGAAGACGGGCUGCAGAUGAAGAAGGAAAAGAACGGACUGCUGCCCGGUUUCUACCAGGGAGACGGAGGCUGCCAUCGUCCAUCCAUCCCUCCUCCCCCGAGAAGCUCCGUUGCUGUGUCAUACACCGGAGAAAAAAGAACAUCGAUUCAUAGUAUGACCUUCGCCUGCCCCGUGACCCCUUACGCCACUUCACUUUGAGUUUUCACUUUCACAUUCAGAUCAGCUUUUAGUGCAGUGAUCAGUGUUGUAUCUUUGCUGUAGGGAUGCAUAAUGCAAAGGCAUUUUUGAUUUGCUCAACAGUCAUAGUUUGCUCUACUGUUGCUAAGAAACAAAUGCUUAAUUUAAUUUUGUGUUUAAAAUGUAUGUAAACAUGGUCCAUUAUUUCACUAAUUUGGAAUUGUUCUCUGCCGAAACAUUAUUUUCUCAUGCUAAACAAAUGUAAACCUUUUAUUUCCAAAGCUGACAUUACAAUCCCAAGUUUAUUCAUGUAUGUAUUUAUAUGACUGUGUAUAUCUUUUAUGAAGAUAUGAAGAAAGCUUAGUAAAAUUGCAUAAUUUAUUUCAGUGCACUUUCUUCACUACCCAGUCCAACUGUCUUUAUUUUCCCAUUACGUCACGCAUGUCGCUGUAAUGUGUCCUGGAAGAAGAGACAUGUCAGUUUGGUCUGUUGUGGUGUUGGACACUGAAUAAAACAAGAGUGCUGUUAUGUCUUGUCCGCGUCCUUUAAUCCAUCUUACCUUCCCCUAAUACCUGGUUAUGUGAGGAGCAGUGACCUUAUUUGUCAAUGCCAAGGAUUACCGUCCAUUAGUGGUAUUAAAUAUUAUUGGAUAAGGAUGUAAGCAGAAGAGAGAGAGAGAGAGAGAGAUAGAACGAUAGAUAGAUGCGCAUGCUAUUCUAGAUGCAUCAGGUAGGAGAACUGUGAUCACAGCGUCAUUCCUCUGACCUUGACUACCGAGCUGCUGCAGCUAAUCUAGUUGUCAUCGGCGUAGAUCCACAAGCCGACGGAUUGGUGCGGCGAGACAAAACUAAAAGCUUGUCACAGUGAGAGAUGUAGCUGCACCUCUAAUCUUCUAAUUCAAGUCUGACUUGAUUCGUGUUGCCAGGACUGUGAAGACAUCCAGUGAAUUGGAGGAUUUUGGCCGCCUUCUUUCCUGUAAUGUAGACGUUUUUAUUCACGUUCAUGCAAAACUUGUUAUUGAAAUUCUAAUGUAAGUUCAUUAUGUUACAUUAUGUGAAGCGAUGAGGUAUUUCCUUAUUAUUUGUUCACGCUUCGUAAGGAAAAAUGUGUAAGAUGAGACCCUUGUGUCCGCUUCUCUUGAUAAAGCGAUGACUGGGAUAUUAAGUGGAUUCCCAGGCUGACAGCAGCUUUGAAGGCUCUCAGACAGCCACGGAGGUGAUGGAGGAAAGCUUUAACAACCGUUACAUGGAGGACGAUGGGACGGUGUUGUUUGAGAGCUACAUACCUCCCUCACGGGAUGCCAUCAACCUGCCUAUCUAUGUCCUCUACCUGAUCAUGGCCUUCUUUGUUGUGCUGGGCGUUCUUUAUGCCAUCAUCGGUCACCUCAUCAUGGACCUCGUUCAUGACGUUGCAGACUGGGUGUUUGGGGAGCAGCCCGAGGAAGUGGUGGUGAACUAUUGUGAGGCCAAAGAUAAGUUCAUGGCAGACUGGAGUCCAGAAAUCUCCCCCGAACUAGAGGCAAUGGCCCAGGCCGAGGAGAACGAGAUGCUUGACAAGGACUUCAUGAAUGCCUCCGCCAUCUAGACCAUCUCUGCAGAACCUCGGGGGAGCAAGUCGGGGCCCCGUGUGGUCUUUGAGAAGAUGACUUCAGAUUAGAGACUCUGUGUUAAUGGAGCUGGUGUUUUGAUAAUAAUGAUAUACUCUAAUUCAUAUAGCACCUUUAAAAACUGAGUUAGCAAAGCAGCAAAAGCAAAACAACCUUGAUAAAACAGCUCUAGAUGAAACAAUAAAACCAAUCAAUACGAUAAAAUGAACUAAUUAAAAUUAACAAUAAAAUAACAUAAAUUUGAAAAAUAAUGUUGUAAAAUCAACAAUAAAGCAGUAAAGCGACGACAUCACAUCAAAGACAGUGUGUAAAAAUGGGGAUUAAGAAGUGAUUUAAAAGAGAUUACUGAUCCUACAAGCCUCAUCUCCUCAGGCAGCUCGUUCCAAAGCCCUGAUGGGAAAAGCACAGUCAUCUUUAAUUUUCAGCCUCGACUUUGGAUCAGCCAGAAGGACCCCACCUGAGGAUAUAAGGCUGCGAGCUGGCUCAUAAGGGGGUCAAAAUGUCCUCUAUAUAGUUUGGGGUCAGACCCAUACAUGCUUUACAAGUGAUUAGUAAAAUCCUAAAACCAAAUUGUAAAACAAUCAGGAAGCCAGUGAAGAGAAGCCAGGAUUGGUUCUUAUUGGACAGAGGAGGUAUCUCUGGUUGAGUGCACAGUGGCCUCAUGACGACAUCCAGUGUCUAUUGAGGGCAUUGCAGCCAAUUGGCAGUAAUACAGAGGAACCAUAAGAAAAAGAGAAAACUAAAUAUGUUUUUAUUUCUGCUCAAGAUUGUUGUUUUUUUACUCCUCUGUAGUACCUCUAUGAGAAGUGUAAAUAUAGAGUGAAGUGCAUCAAGUCUAGAUAUUGCAUAGUAGCCUGAUUUUAAUAAACACAGGUGGAAAGUGUCCUCAGUUCAUUUUUGUAUUGAUUUUGUAUAUUAAAUGCACAUAUUAUUGAAA